CACGUGCGGGAACCGGAAACACCUGGAGUAGUAGUUCCUUGUUGUGCAGCAUGGAAGCGGCGAUGGAAACGCAAAGCGCGGCGGAGGACGGGGACGGCUUCACCAGGAUUUCUUGCACAAGUGGCAAACGGGGCAAAAAGCGGCGGGCGGAAGAGCAGCAACCGGAGGGCCACGACAGCGGUGGCCAGAUGGAUAUUGAGGGACCCCGGCCUCACAAGAAACCCGUUUUUCCUCCUUUGUCCGGGGACGCAUUCUCGAGUGGCAAAGAUGAAAUAGGGAAAAUUCCAGUGCCUGCCAACAGAUACACUCCAUUAAAAGAAAACUGGAUGAAAAUAUUUACACCUGUUGUAGAACACCUGGGACUUCAGAUAAGAUUUAACUUAAAGUCAAGGAAUGUAGAAAUCAGGACUUGUAAAGAAACCAAGGAUGUAAGUGCUCUGACAAAAGCUGUCGAUUUUGUGAAAGCUUUUAUUCUUGGAUUUCAGGUGGAGGAUGCACUUGCUCUCAUUAGGUUAGAUGACCUCUUCCUAGAAUCUUUUGAAAUUACAGAUGUAAAGCCUUUAAAAGGAGAUCAUCUUUCUAGGGCAAUAGGAAGAAUUGCUGGGAAAGGAGGAAAAACUAAAUUUACCAUAGAAAAUGUGACACGGACGCGGAUAGUUUUGGCUGAUUUGAAAGUUCAUAUCCUUGGCUCUUUCCAAAAUAUUAAAAUGGCAAGAACAGCCAUCUGCAACCUCAUCCUUGGAAGUCCUCCAUCCAAGGUCUAUGGUAACAUUCGAGCAGUGGCUAGCAGAGCAGCAGAUCGAUUUUAAUUU